CAGUGACGUCAGCGGAAAUAGAGCACGCGUUCCUUCCGGUUGUGCGUGAGUGCCGAGCGGAGCCGAGACCCAGCGGAGCCUGAAUCCCGAUAAGACAAGAUGGCCGGGCUGCCCCGCAGGAUCAUCAAGGAAACCCAGCGCUUGCUGGCAGAACCAGUCCCUGGGAUAAAAGCAGAGCCAGAUGAGAGCAACGCACGUUAUUUCCAUGUGGUCAUUGCAGGUCCACAGGAUUCCCCCUUUGAGGGUGGGACAUUUAAACUUGAACUAUUCCUUCCAGAAGAAUAUCCAAUGGCAGCUCCUAAAGUACGUUUCAUGACCAAAAUUUAUCACCCUAAUGUAGACAAGUUGGGAAGAAUAUGUUUAGAUAUUUUGAAAGAUAAAUGGUCCCCAGCUUUGCAGAUCCGUACAGUUCUGCUAUCAAUCCAGGCUUUGCUAAGCGCUCCCAAUCCAGAUGAUCCUUUAGCAAAUGAUGUAGCAGAGCAGUGGAAGACCAAUGAAGCCCAAGCCAUAGAAACAGCCAGAGCAUGGACUAGGCUAUAUGCCAUGAAUAAUAUUUAAAUUCACUCUGAACAUCAAGUGUGCAUCACUUCUCCUAUUCUGCCAAGAUCUCUUUUCUUUUUUCUUUUGUUUGCAUUUAAUGGACACAGUCUUAGAAACAUUACAGAAUAAAAGUCCAGACAUCUUCAGUCCUUUGGUGAUAAAAUGCACAUUAGCAAAUCUGUGUCUUGUCCUAAUUCACUGUUGUAACGCAUGAGCAGAGGCUAGAAGUAUCAUCUGGAUUGUUGUGAAACUGUUUAAGAGCAGUAGCAUAUCUCUGCUUUUAAUCAUUUUUUUCCAUCAUGGUUUAAGUAUAAGCACUGUGAAUGAAGGUAGUCAGGGUUAGCUGCAGGGUUUUUUGUUUUAAUUUUGUGAGCUCCUCCUUUUCCCUUUUUUAUGGUGAUGCUAAAUGCAUUGGUUAAAGCAGCUAACUGGUUACACUUUAGGGUAUGCCCUCUAGCUAAGUCUAACUUAGAUGCUGUAGAUGGACAAGCUUGAUUGUUUGAACAAAAAUGGGAACAUUAAACAUCCAUCACCUUCACUAAUAAUAUUGUGAUUCUGCUGUCAAGUAUAGAAACCUCCUUUCAAGAAAAAGCUUGUGACUAUUUUGUAUGGCUUUUCUGGAAAAAUCUUCUGUAAAUCUUAUGUUUUAGUAAAAUAUUUUUUGUUAUUCUACUUUGCUGUUGUACAGUUUAUUUUGCUGUGGUUUUCAUUUCUCUACUGUGACAAUUGUAUUUAAAAAAAUUGAAACCAGAACAGAACAAUUUGUUUUCUCCAGUCUGACAGAUUAAAUAGUAAGAGAAAAUGGAAUUUGCAAAUUCUUUCUAUUUUGUUGCUGCUGACUUUGUAUUACUAGCUCAUGCCACAGUGUGUUCCUAAAUUGGCCAAGAUGGUACAAAAUUAUAUUAGUAACUGAUUCUUUCAAAAUGAGCCUCUGAUGAGUAUAAUUUAUCAGUCAGAAAGGUUUGACAAUGCUUUAGCGUAUAUACAUAAGAUGUUAUGUAUCAUUAAAGCAGGAGGCUAACAGAGCAAAUGACAGCAGUAAUUGGGUAAAUGUGUGACUUGUCUGUUUUGUGCUGAAUAUUAUUGGGUAUUACAGUAUGCUCUUUAAUUCUAACUCGUGUCUCAAAAAAAGCAUAUAGAACACCAGUGUACAAUACAACUGUUACAGACCAGCUAAUCAGUCAGUUGAUAUUUGCUAAGCUACUUUCAACUAGCCCCAUUUACCACUGAGUUAUCUAUAACCCUAUUUAAGAUAAAUAUCACAAGAAAGGUUUAUUCAUUUGGAGGAAGUAAAUAGCUUCUUGCUUCCUCGCUCUUACAUUUAUAAUUUUUCUCACGUCUCUUGGAAGCCCAUUUUAAUCUCCUUUUCAGUUCAACUUCAUAUCCUUUUAAAUGCUUUUUUUUUUUUUCUAGUUGCCCCCACUUCCACCCACAAAAUGUUUUCUAAUCUCCUAAACUUUGUGUGGCCAGUCUGAACUGUAUAAAUGACAGCCUGCAGUGGGAAUGUAUGUCUUGCAAUUCACGGUGAUGGUUAUGUAGCCUAUUGGUAUUCUCUGCCUCCCACACUCCUAUUCUAGUGUCAUCUGGAGUUUCUAUAGAAUGUGGUGUAUUUAUUGUGCUCUUAUGUAAGAUGAAGAUUAUCUAUUAAAGUUACAUUUUCAACAUACAAAUGCUUUCAGUGACUGGUGACUGGUAACUGGUAUUGUCCCUCAAAGUGCACUGCAUAGUAACAUCACAAAACUUGGUUCAGAAUAAUCUAGUUCAGCACAAGAUUAAGACACUUAAAAAGAUGGAUUUAAAGUUAAUUUCCUUAUUGGAUAUAGUUUCUCACAUCUGUGGCUUGCAGCAGAACUUUAGUCUUCAGGUUGAGUAGGCCUCUUUACUGUUACUAACAAAUCAGGUUUUUUGUUAUUGAGAUGAACAUUUGUGCAGUUUACCUGGUUUAGUUCUCUUGCAUGUUAUUAUUUGGGUGACUAGUUAACUGAGCAUACAUGUACCCUUAGUAACUGAUUUUUAACAUGGUAGGUGGCUCUUCUGAAUUCUUCUAAAAUGAAUCUAGCUAAAGGUACACUUAA